AUGAAGUACGUGCUUGUGUCUGGCGGCGUCAUCAGCGGCGUGGGGAAGGGUAUCAUAGGUAAGCUAUUUGACAUGGGCCAGAAGUGUCGCGCCCGAAGUGCACCACUGUACAUCAUCUCCUACCACGUCUCGUCGAUCAAGGUCGACCCGUACCUCAAUGUCGAUGCGGGAACUAUGAACCCGAAGGAGCAUGGCGAAGUAUUCGUCCUUUCCGACGGCGGCGAAGUCGACCUCGAUCUUGGCAACUACGAGCGCUACCUCAACAUCACCCUCACCCGCGACAACAACAUCACCACUGGCAAGAUCUACCAGCACGUUAUCGAACGCGAGCGCAAGGGCGACUACCUGGGUAAAACCGUACAAGUCGUCCCACACAUCACCGAUGCGAUUCAAGAUUGGAUCGAGAAGGUCUCGCGGAUACCCGUCGAUGACUCAGGCGAGGAGCCGGACGUCUGCAUAAUUGAGCUGGGAGGAACCGUGGGCGACAUCGAGAGCAUGCCCUUCAUUGAGGCUAUGAGCCAGCUGAGGAGGCGUGCGGGCAAGAACAACUUCAUGCAGAUUCACGUCUCGUAUGUCCCGGUUAUCCACGGCGAGCAGAAGACGAAGCCUACGCAGCAGGCUAUCAAGGCGGUGAGGAGUAAUGGUCUGAUCCCAGAUUUGAUUGCCUGCCGCUGCGAGCGCGAACUCGAAGCCUCCGCUGUCGAGAAGAUCGCCCACUUUUGCCAGGUCGAGAACGAACAAGUCCUUGUUGUCCGUGACAUGCCAUCCAUCUACCAAGUACCGAUGCUUCUCGAACAACAAAGACUGAUUCCGAUGGUCCGCCAAUUCCUUGCUCUCGAGCAAGUUUCAGUCUCAGCGUCAAUGCUGCAAAAGGGCAACCAUACCUGGGCGCAAUGGCAGUCGCUGACCGGCCACGACACUCGUUUCCACGACCCGGUCACGAUCGCACUCGUCGGAAAGUACGUGGAGCUCCAAGACUCAUACCUGUCAGUCAUCAAAUCGCUGGAACACGCUACGAUGCGGUGCAAGAGGAAGCUGGACAUUCGCUGGGUGGACUCAGACCAUCUGGAGCCCAAGUGUCAGAAGACAGACCCCGCAAAGUACCACAACGCUUGGCACGAGGUCGUCAAGGCAUCGGGUAUCCUGGUACCGGGUGGCUUCGGUCAACGUGCCACAGAAGGUAUGAUUUCAGCGGCCACCUGGGCGCGUGAGCAUAAGAAGCCGUACCUUGGUAUCUGCCUCGGCAUGCAGAUUGCCGUUAUUGAGUACGCUCGUAACGUUUGCGGCAUCAAGGACGCAACCUCCGAGGAGUUCAACGGCGAGGCGCAGAACAAGCUCAUCAUGUUCAUGCCAGAGGUAGACAAGAGCACUAUGGGCGCAUCCAUGCGUCUCGGUCUCCGUCCCACACUCUUCCAGCCAGGCAGCGAGUGGUCUCGUCUCCGCGCUUUGUACGCCGGCAAGGAGGAGAUCCUAGAGCGCCACCGUCACCGAUAUGAGGUCAACCCUGAUUACAUUGAGACGCUCGAGAAGGGCGGUCUGAGCUUUGUCGGCAAAGAUGAAGCUGGUGUACGUAUGGAGGUUAUUGAGAUCAAGGACCAUCCCUGGUUCGUUGGUGUCCAGUUCCACCCGGAAUACCUGUCCCGCGUCCUGGACCCGAGCAGGCCCUACUUGGGUUUCGUCGCUGCUAGUGCUGGUAUGCUCGACGAGAUCACUCGCGACUACCAAAGUGGCAUGACGAAUGGGCUUGAUGCUGAAGGCAUUGCCAACGGUGUGAGCGGUCUCAAGAUCAACGGCAACCCAAGCUUCUGA